AUGACUUUAUCACUAAUUAUAUAUUUACAGCAUUACCUUACAGCCUUUGGUUCCACUAUCACUGUCCCCUUAGUUCUACAGACUGCUCUUUGCAUUGAUCAAGAUCGCGUGGGACUCAGCGAAAUCAUUUCGACCAUUUUCUUUGUAUCUGGAUUGGCAACGUUGCUUCAAACAACGCUUGGAGUGAGAUUACCUAUCAUUCAAGGGGCGACCUUCGCGUUCCUUACACCGACUUUCACAAUAUUGGCAUUAGACAAAUGGAAAUGUCCAUAUGUCUUGGCGGAAGAGGGAAAAUGGAAUGUGACAUCCGACCCACUACCAGAUGUCGGUAGUCCAGAACACCAAGAUAUGUGGCAGGCACGUCUGAGAGAGAUUCAAGGCGCCAUUAUGGUUUCUUCACUAUUCCAAAUUAUCAUUGGGUUCAGUGGAAUCAUGGGAUUCGUCAUGCAGUUUAUAGGACCCUUGGCCAUCGCACCCACCAUCGCUUUGAUUGGUUUAUCCUUAUUCAAAGAGGCAGCAGACCUUGCGUCGAAACAGUGGUACAUUGCUCUCAUGACAAUGUUUUUGAUAGCACUUUUUUCACAAUAUAUGAGGAAUUUAAGCAUUCCAGUUUGCAAAGUUACACGAAAAGACGGGUGCUCUAUCUACAGACUACCAAUAUUCAAGUUAUUUCCGAUUUUAUUUGCCCUUUUAACGGCUUGGAUAAUUUGUGCCAUAUUGACUGCAGCGGAUGCACUUCCCGAAAAAGGGAAGUGGGGAUAUGCCGCCCGAACUGAUGUCAACACAGAGGUCCUAGACAAAGCACUCUGGUUCCGAUUUCCAUAUCCAGGACAAUGGGGAACACCUACUGUCAGUGUUUCAGCUGUGUUUGGAAUGUUAGCUGGGGUGCUUGCCUCCAUGAUUGAAUCGGUCGGGGAUUAUUACGCAUGCGCAAGACUUGCCGGAGCACCUCCUCCCCCAGUUCAUGCUAUAAAUAGAGGUAUGUAACCGAUCGGAAU